AUGAGAACGCCCAAAAAUACAAAGGUAACCAAAGCAAAUGCCGAUCGAUGUGAAAUGCUAUUGAAUGAUAGUGAAGAUCUUCAAAUACAAGACGACGACAAUGACAAUGAUUUGAACUUUGCAUCGUCUCAUGCUCAAGCUUAUGAAAUACUGGAUGAUGCAAUUCGUGUUCUAGAUCACAUGCUUUCACAACAGAAAUCGAAUUAA